CAAAUCAUUUUACAAUCCUAGGAACUCGUUACAUAAAAGUGUUUUUAUAUAUUACUAUAUAAUCCGCAAACUACUUAAACUCGAUCUAUUUUAUUUUGAUAUAAGAAAAUGCUUCCCACAAAUGAUAAUGCUAACACUACUAGUUCAGUUCUGGAGCAAUCCGCAGCAAUGGAAGAAGAUAAAUCCCCUACUACAGAACAUUUGAUUGACAAAGCGACAGAGUUGGAGGGCAGAGUAUUGAAAUCUAUUUCUACAACUCCAAAUGAAUUCAAAGAACGUAUUAUUCACUCACGCAAUCCGCGGGAAUGUCAAUCUAUGGACCAAAAAAAAGUUUUAAAGAAGUCCGGAAUUUGUUAUGUAUGCAAAAAGCAUACAGUUAAUAUUAGAAUUGUACAACCUUAUAAUGCGGCAAGUGGUAGGUCUUUGUGGGAUCAGAGCCGUGUACUUUGCUUAAAUGCUAAUACUGGGAUUAAUAAAAAUACCAAACGUACUGAAAUACAAUCUACACUAAUGACUGACGCUGAAAAACUUUUACGACACUACAGUGAGGCGGAAACAGAAAGAAACAGAGUAUUUUCUUCUGAGAUUGAUCAAUAUUGCCCUUUUUUGCGUCGACAAAACUGCACAUUUCCUGAAGAAGACCGUAUUAAAGAUCUUGGAAUUACACCAGAUAUUGAGGAAGUUUCUAAACUACAAGCUGAGGAAAAUCAGAUGCAGAGACUAACAGAAACAUUUAAUAGGCCAUGUAUGGUAGGUAAUAGAACACAGAUGGAAGUAGUUGAGGCACCAAAAAGCAUUAUGAAGAAAGGAACGUUGAUUGCUGAUCGAUGCUUUAAAAUCAGUGAUAAAGCAAACAAAUGUGAGUCUGUUGGCCAUACUAUGUAUGCAUGUGUAAAUAAUUUACAGAAAAUCAAUCAAAAGUUGUUAUCAUCUGGAAUAAACCUAUGUAACAGACCAACUGAAAAGUAUUUACACAGUUCUCCAGUAGAGCAAGUGUUCGGUCCAGCCCAUACUAUUAAAACUCAAAAAGUGUACAAUCCGAGUUUGAUUUAUAACGAGAAAGAUCAAAAUAAUGGUUUAGAUCUCGCAACUAAAUUUGCUUCCACAUUGCAUAUGACCGAUAACAUUAUAGUUCCAUGCAACAAAAAGGUCAAGCAACGUUGCAUAGAUUGGGAAGAAAAGUUGGGAGCCAUAAAUAAGUCGUUUCGGAGUACUCGCUUCAAUAAAAGUGAAAAUAUGGAUCAACAAGUUAAAAGUUGUAAGUCAACAAAAUAUGAUAGAGACUUCUACGUGAUUAGUCAAGGCCUAGUUAAAAAACUACAAAAUGCUUUCUCGGCAAAUCAACAGAUCUCAAUAAUGACUAAAGCAAAUAAAUUAUUCUCCAAAUCAAACGAACCAAAUAACAAACGCACCGACUAUCUACGCUCAGCUUAUAUUAAUUUUAAUCCCAAACUUUAUAUAAAUAAAUGGAAACAAGAAAUUACUGGAAAAAAUGGUGUGAGUCCAGGCAGUGCAACAACAAGAGAAAGGUGUUUGGAAUGGGAUACGAAGUUGGGAGUCAUAAAUUCGACGUUCUCAACGAACUAUUCAGUUCUUCUGAAAACAAAUACAUUCAAAUGCUUUAAUAAUAGUACUAAAAUUAAUCAACAGGCUAAAACCUCUAAGUUGGAAAACUCUGAUUUAGAAUUAGAUAUGGUUUGUCACGGCCUAGUUAAGAGAAUGAAAAUCGAGUACCAGGCAAAGCAACAGAUUCCAAUAGCGGCUAAGGCAGAUCAAGUUUUGCAAAAGAUAAUGUUACUGUUGAACCGUACAAGAUCAACGUUGCUGAGCUCCGUAAGACAUAUCUCAAUAAAGGAGCAACUAAUAAAAUUGGUAAGAAUAGUACAUGUACGGAAAUUUCUAAAUUAGCUGAUUUAACACGUAGCCCUGUAAAACAUGACACUGACUUAGACUUUAAAAUCCAAAACCCCAAUAUUGACAUGUGUGGUUCUGUUCCAACGUUUUUAAAA